AUGAUCGAAUCACUCAUUACCAUUGCAUUCUGCCUGUCCAGCGUGCUGACGGUGGUGAUUCUACUGCUCCCCUCGCAGUAUGUUCCACCGCAGUCAUCUACCGGAAAGACGGAGAAGCAGAAGCCGACCGUACAGAUUCUCGUCUUGGGGGAUAUUGGACGAAGCCCGCGCAUGCAAUACCAUGCCCUAAGUAUUGCCAGGAAAGGUGGGAAGGUAGUUAUCAUUGGAUAUAAAGAAUCCGACCCCCACCCUGAUAUCGUAUCCAAUCCAAACAUCACCAUCGUCCCCUUGCGUCCUCAUCCGGCCAUCUUACAGACCAGCAAUAAAUUGCUAUUCACGAUAUUUGGGCCAUUGAAGGUUCUCUUCCAGGUCGUUUGUCUCUGGCAAUGUCUGGCAUACACGACCGCCCCCGCGCGGUGGAUUAUCGUACAGAAUCCCCCCUCUAUUCCUACGCUAGCAGUGACAUCCUUGUCUUGCUUCCUACGGCAAACACGACUCAUCAUUGAUUGGCAUAACUUUGGAUACUCGAUUCUUGCACUGAAGCUAGGCGACACCCACCCUCUUGUUAAGCUAUCGACUUGGUAUGAAAAGACCUUUGGCCGUUCGGCUUCAGCCCAUUUGUGUGUAACAGAUGCAAUGGGACGGGUUUUGAAGAAGGAUUUCCAGCUUCAGGCUCCCAUUCUGUCAUUACAUGACCGGCCAGCAAGCCAUUUUCAUCCCAUCGCCAGCCCGGAUGAGCGCACCGCGUUCCUUGCAACUCUCCCCGAGACUGAGUCUAUACGCCCGCUGCUCAAAUCCGGCGCCGUUCGUGUCCUAGUGAGCUCCACAUCGUGGACUCCAGACGAAGACUUUUCAGUCCUCAUUGAGGCAUUGGUAAAGUAUUCCGAAGUUGCGGUGACCCAGCCACACCUUCCAGAGAUCCUGGCCAUCAUUACUGGGAAGGGACCGCAGAAGGAGAUGUAUCUGAAGCAGAUCGCAACCUUGGAAGCUGCAGGGAAGCUUCAAAGGGUCACCAUUCGCACCGCAUGGUUGACGGUGCCAGACUACGCGUCUCUAUUGGCAUCGGCGUCGCUGGGAGUCAGCCUGCACACCAGCAGCAGUGGCGUUGACCUUCCGAUGAAGGUUGUUGAUAUGUUUGGUGCGGGACUGCCGGUUGUUGGCUGGAGCCGGUUCGAAGCCUGGCCGGAGCUGGUGACAGAAGGUGUCAAUGGGAUGGGCUUUGGAAGCUCAGCAGAGCUGACAGAUCAGCUGGUCGAGUUGUUCGGUGAUGAUCAAAAACUGGAUCGCCUGCGGGCAGGUGCUCAGAAAGAAAGCUUGCGUCGAUGGGAUGACGAAUGGGAUCCCAUUGCUGGAACUUUGCUUGGUUUGACAUAG